AUGCUAUAAAGCCCAUCGUCUGUCUUCCUCGUCUUCUUCGAACAACCUUAAUUAUCAGAUCAGAUCAAAUCAAAUCAGCCAUGGGGACUUCCCUCAGCUGCUGCACACCCGAGAAAGUCGACGAAGGGUUAACGUUCGGGGGAGAUGACGAUGUCAACCAAUGGAGGAUAUUCACGUACAAAGAACUACACACGGCGACGAAUGGAUUUAGCGACGAUUACAAGCUCGGCGAAGGGGGCUUUGGAAGCGUAUAUUGGGGCAAAACAUCGGAUGGCCUUCAAAUUGCCGUAAAGAAAUUGAAGUCGUUGACAUCAAAGGCGGAGAUGGAGUUUGCGGUGGAAGUCGAGGUAUUAGGAAGAGUUAGGCACAAGAAUUUGCUAGGGCUUAGGGGAUACUGUGCUGGGAGUGAUCAAAGACUCAUUGUUUACGACUACAUGCCUAAUCUGAGCUUGUUGUCGCAUUUACAUGGCCAAUGCGCCGGUGAAGCUCGCCUCGAUUGGAAGAAGAGAGUCAAAAUCGCUAUAGGAUCCGCCGAGGGCCUAGUAUAUUUGCAUCACGAAGUGACGCCACAUAUAAUCCAUCGAGACGUCAAGGCGAGCAAUGUGCUCCUCGACUCCAACUUCGAGCCAUUAGUCGCCGAUUUCGGGUUCGCAAAGCUAAUCCCGGAAGGCGUUAGCCACAUGACAACAAGGGUUAAGGGAACAUUGGGAUACCUAGCCCCCGAAUACGCAAUGUGGGGGAAGGUCUCCGAGAGUUGCGACGUGUAUAGCUUCGGGAUACUUUUGCUAGAAAUCGUAACGGGUAGAAAACCGAUCGAGAAGCUCCCCGGUGGGAUCAAGAGGACCAUCACAGAGUGGACUGAGCCAUAUAUAGCCCGUGGGCGGUUCAAGGACAUCGUCGACCCGAAGCUCGGCGGAAAUUUUGACGAGGCCCAACUUGUGCAAAUGGUCAAUGUGGCAGCAUUGUGCGUGCAAAGUGAACCAGAGAAGAGGCCAACAAUGAAGGAAGUGGUGACACUUUUAAGAGGCGGCACUCGCGAUCCAUUUCGCGGUGGCGAUGAUCCCAAGCCGAGGAUAGAAGGGGUGACGUACGGCCCGGAUUUGAUGGCGGCCGACGAUCCAACGAGCGAGGAUGAUGAAUAUGGAAAGUAUGGGGAUGAGAGUAGUGUGUAUGGUGUGUUUGGAGCAUUGGAAGCUCGAAGGUUGCAAGAUUCUUAUAGACGAUGA